AUGGGUUAUAAUAAUCCAAGAGAAGAUGAAAGACUCGGUGAAGUUCAAGAACGAUAUACAAUUAUAAGAAGUUAUAGCAAGGGUAAGAAGGUUGAGAUAUAUAAAGGAUAUGAAGUGAAUAAACCGAAAGUUUAUUACGUGAUAAAAAGCUAUAACAUAAGAGAUGCAUUCGAAAGAGAAUUACAGAUAUUACGCGAAUUAGCAAAUGCAGGGAAUAUUAUGCAAAUGAUAAACCAUUACCCAUCGCAAGCGGUUAUCGUAUGCGAAUGUGCAUUAUAUUGCCUAGAAACCUUUUUGGGUCACCAAGAAUAUACCCAAAGACAUGAAGAGGAACGUGAUAUAAUAAAGGACGUUGUAUCGGGUCUCUCGGAACUUCAAAAGCAUAACAUAGUGCAUACUGAUCUAUCACCAAAAAAUAUCAUGUACUUUCAAGAAAAGGACGGCGAAAGAUGGAAAUUGAUUGAUUUUGACGCAGCGUGUUUUGUUGGUAGUUCCAAUCAUGUAAACCUCAUAACAAAUUAUUCGGCUCCCGAAGUCAUAAAGGCAUACGAUGAGAAUAUAGAAAUUGAAGCUAAUUUUGCAAUGGACAUGUUCUCUUUUGGACUAAUUUUAUAUCUUUUUGAAACUGGUCAUCAUUAUUGGGAUGGAGAGAAUAAAGAAGAAAAAGAAAUGAUCUCCUCAUUUAAAUACUUGCCGCUUGGUAAUAUUCGCGAUUCCGAUGCUUGCUUUGCUAUAAGACAAUUGCUCAAUAAAAAUAUUUCUAAAAGAAUGACGUUAGAGAAAUUCAUGCUAACGCCAUAUUACUCUGGUGAAUCGGAAUCCAUAUCUAAAACCAUGUCUUUAAAGCGUAAUAAGCGUAAUAGCAUGAACAGCCUGUAUUCAACGCAUUCGAUACUUAUGGAAGAACCAUUGGAUAUCAUUUAUGAUGAAUCUCGAUAUGGAAUGAGUGAGGCGGAGUUUCUGUUAUAUCAAGCAAAAUUGACACAGGGAACAUUUCAAAAUUUCCUUGAAAGAUAUCAUAGCGAAAUGAAACAAAGCCUAAAAAUAAUGAAUGAUAAAAUCGACAAUUGUACGAGGGCCGUAGAGGAUUUGUCUGAAUUAACCAAGAAAAUUCCACAAUGGCUGCUCAAGUUGAAAAAUGAAAAGGUUCCUAGAGUAUUUGUUAUGAUCCCUGAUCGAAAAGAUUGGAAAAGACCAGCGACAUGGUUGUUUUCAAAGCCAUUUCGUAUUUUAUUUAUUUGCGAACACAAGGAGCAAUGGCACAUCCCAGAUCAAGAAGGUUACAAAGUUCUUGAAGUACCCCAGUUUAUUAAAAAAUAUGGACCUUGGAUAAACCUUUGUUUACGGACAUUAUCCUCCGUUAUAAGUGUUAUGACGUCGAACAUCUUCCCAAAUGGUGUUGCAGACCUUUUAUCAUCAAUCUUUAACAUAGCUGAUCAUUUUGAACUUAUUCAACAUUUUCAGGAAAUUAUUGACACUGUUGAUAUCGGUGUAAAAACAAUGAAUGAUGAGAAUCCCGAAUUUGCUCCUUUGAGCAAUGAAGCUCAUAUUCCUCAUCAAAUGAUAAAUGCUUCAGGUCUUCAUAUGCUAAGAAAAUUUCUAGAUACGCAAGAAAAUGCGGAUCAUCUCGGUGGAUUGAUGCAAUGCGUUGAUGAUGAAACUCAAGAAAUUUUAUGGUUAUGUGAAGAACAUAGAAAUGGUUAUAGCGUUAGAUCUACUGAGCAAGAAGAAAUGGUACCCACUCCUCCGAAUUCCGAUUCAUCUCAAAGAGUUCAAGUGUCAUCAUCAAAAUCUUUACGUUCAAAACCUCCCGGUUUACUUAAACUUCCGCCUCAAAAUCUAUUAUCGAGUCCACAAAAAUCUCCUCAAAGAUCUCCUCAAAGAUCUCCUCAAAGGUCUCCGAUUUUCAAGCAACGUCCAACGGUUCAGCAAUUUCCUUCUAUGAACACGUCUACACCUGAGACUUCUCCUACCGAAACUUUAUUCGUACCUCCAGAGAAAUUCGUACCUUUAGAAGUUGAUUACAAAAAAUUUGAUUUAAAAGAUUCAAGAGAUUGUUUAAACCCGUAUCUUGAAUUAGAAUAUUUACAUAAAAUACUAUACGAAGUGAUAGAGAACGCGAUUGCUUCCGGAAGAAAACAUUUUAGAAACGAAGAUAUUAUGCAAAUUGCAGAAAAACUGCGUGAGCGCAAGAAUAAGUUUAAACUUUUAUGUCCACUUUGGCAUGAUAUUGCCCAGAAAUCUCAAUUUAUAAACAUCGUAAAUAACCAAGUAGAUUUAUACGUUCAUUUCCUAAGGUUAAUUGUACGUUAUUGUGUUGUUAAAGAUUUUAAUUCAGUUAAAAUGCAACUGUCCUUCUUGGUCACCGACACGUACGAAAUUAACCAAAUUAUAAGAGCCGGAAGAUCAUUCAAUAAACAUCUUGACAAAUUAUCAGUUGCUUUGGAAACGUCACAAUAUAACCCCGAUGAGAAUGACGCAAUUCAAACUGAAUUGGAUCGCUUCAUUAAUGAACCAAAACUUGAAGUAUCUAUUGAGGAUUCAAAUAUAAUUCAUGAUAAGGACCUGUCUCAAUGGUAUUAUACAGUUGAUCGAACGUGCAUUGAUAAUUUCCUAUCUCCAUCUGAAGAAAAAACAACUCAAGGAACAAUUUUUAAUACGACGACACGACUUUUAGACAAUUGUGUAAUUGUUACGGGGAGAUCGUUAAAAUAUCUCGAUCACAUUGAAAAUCUGAUGUGUGUCGAGAAAGAGAUUUACCUUUACAACGGACAUCAAUUGAAUGAACAAGAAUUUAUCAUUAAAUUUUAUGGGUAUUCAAUUCAAAAUUGUAAACCCACGCUAUUUUAUGAAAAUACCGAUUAUGGUGACCUUUUCACAUACUUCCAAGUAAAUCAUGAUUCAUCAGGGAAUCUUAUAAAAGAUUGGAAAGGAAAAAUUAAGUUAGCAUGGGAAAUAUCGCAGGGCAUAAAAUCUUUACAUGAGCAAAGAAUUUUACAUUUAGAUCUUCGAAGCGCAAAUAUAUUAUUGCAAUAUGACGCAACGAACGAAUCGCUGACACCGAAAAUAUCUAAUUUUCUUUGGAGCAAAAGCUUCAAAACUUUUGUUUUCCCAAAAAUACCGAUUCCAUCAAAGGAAAAGAUUUGGAAACGGUGGCAUGAUCCAGGAAGGCUUUUAAAUGAAGAAAACUUUGAAUCGCUUCUUCCGUCAUCUGAUAUAUAUAGUUUAGGGUUAUUGUUUUGGGAGAUCGCUUGGUGUAGAGCAGAUAAUUUGCCAUUUAAAGUAGUUCCAAUUAAGAGUCUACAUAAACAUUUACAAACUAAGAAAGAAAUCUUGCCUCAGAUACCAAAAGAAUAUAGACAGUGGGAACUUUUAAUUGGUAAAAUGUGGCAACAAAUACCAGAUAUUAUGACUGUGGAAACAAUCAUGAGAAAAUUAUUUAAAGGUAGAACGGAUUCAAUGCCGCAGUCACCUAUUCCAACAUAUCCCCCUCCUCCAUAUAUCUCCAUAACGUAA